AUGCGGCUGCUUCUCCUGUGCCUCUCCUGGCUGGCCUCGGGCCAGGAGGACUGCGCCGAGGGCGAGUGCGCGCUGAACAUGCUGCAGCGCGGGGCAAGACAAGUGACCAUGGAUGAGGGCCUCGAUGGGGAAAUUGAUGCCCAGGUGGGGGCCCUCAAUGGGACCAGCUGCAGCAACUUCAUGCUCACAGGCAAGGUCCAGAUGGUCCACUACCGGAACUGGGUGGUCGGCAAGGCAAAAGCUCGCGGCGUGAAGGGCUGGGUCGCCAAUGGCGGAGAUAAAAGCUACGAUGGAUCCCAUGCGCCCUGUUCCACGUGUGGGUGCGUCCUUGGCCACGUGGAGGGCUCUUCAGGAGCUGUGUCGGCUUUCUUGCGAGAGGUCUGCCGCGGCGGCCCACCACACUCCCACGUCGCCUCUUGCAAAGUCCACGAGGCGCCCUGCUUCCAUUGCGGCUCCUUCUACAAGGAGUACCGCUUCUGCCGGACCUGGACGGUGGAGCAUUGCAAGAGCCGAUGCUGA